AUGGGUCUUUUAUCUCUUGGAACUCCUCUGCCUUGGGGAAAAUCUCAAACAUAUACAGAACUCAUUAGACACCACGGCAUCGAACAGUUUUUGGCGCUGUAUAAUAAAAUGAAGGAUAAAAAAACAGAAUGUUUGCUUUUCGGCGAUGAAGUUGAAUACAUGGUUAUUUUUAUGGAUCAUAAUAACAAGAAUGCGAAAUUAAGUUUACGAGUAUCAGAGAUUUACUCCGAGCUCGCAAAGGAAGAAGCAGAGGCGGAGAAGGACCCAAAAAAAACGGUGCAGAGUGGCUGGCGACCAGAAUAUGGAAGCUACAUGCUAGAAGGCACACCAGGGACUCCAUUCGGGAACAAAAUAGCAGAUCUAACUCGCGUAGAAUCUAGUAUGAAACUGCGUCGACAAACCGUCAUGAAAUAUUUGAGGGCUAACGAAACCGUCGUCACCGUCACCAGUUUCCCUAGGCUUGGUUGCCUCGGUGAAUUCCUAGAGCCACAUUUUGAACCAGGCGGGCCUGUGGCAAAAAGUCUCUUUGUCCCUGAUGAAGUUAUCAACCCACAUCCAAGAUUUCCAACAUUGACGGCUAAUAUUCGUACUCGGCGUGGAUCCAAAGUGGCUAUUAAUAUGCCGAUAUUUCAUGAUACCAAAACACCAAAGCCAUUCAUCGAUCCUACAAUACAGUGGAAUCGGGAUAAAUAUCCAGAAGAUAAAGAGGCUGCUUCGGGAGCUGCUUUGCCUGAUCACAUAUAUAUGGACGCAAUGUGCUUUGGAAUGGGAAGCUGCUGUCUGCAGAUAACGUUUCAAACACGCACAGUAAGUGAUGCUAGAAGGUUAUAUGAUCAGCUGGCCACGUUGGCACCUAUAAUGUUGGCUCUAACAGCAGCUGCUCCGAUAUGGCGUGGAUAUCUUUCUGAUACUGACUGUCGCUGGGACGUUAUUGCAAGCAGUGUCGACGAUAGAACGGAAGAAGAAAGAGGCCUUGAGCCAUUAAAGAAGAACAAGUUCGUCAUAAAUAAAUCUCGAUAUGAUUCAAUUGACAGCUAUAUUUCGACCGACGCUCGUCUUAAACAAGAAUAUAAUGACCUUCCUCUAGUUUACGAUGAGUCGAUAUACAAGAGACUCAUAGAUAACGGUAUCGAUGACUUGUUGGCACGGCAUGUUGCACACUUGUUUAUUCGCGAUCCUUUGGUAAUUUAUGAUGAACUCUUGUAUCAAGACGACGAGACGUCAACUGACCAUUUUGAGAACAUACAAUCAACGAACUGGCAAACGGUGCGCUUCAAACCACCUCCUCCAAACUCUAGCAUUGGAUGGAGAGUCGAAUUUCGUAGUAUGGAGGUCCAAAUUACGGAUUUCGAGAAUGCAGCCUUUGCGAUUUUCAUUGCAUUGUUGACUCGAAUCAUCCUGGUAUAUGGGCUUAAUUUCUAUAUACCAAUCUCCAAGGUUGACCAAAACAUGGGGAUCGCCCACAAACGAGGCGCAGUGCUGAAUGAAGAGUUUUGGUUUAGGAAAAGCAUUUAUGACGAUGCUGUCUCAAGCUGUCGGAAGACGAGCCAAAUCUCUGAAAUCAACCGCGCCAACCUCUCCAAUGGUUCGAUGAGCGAUAAAUGGGAAAAGAUGACAAUAAACCAAAUCAUCAAUGGCGAUGAUGGACAUUUUAUAGGGCUGAUUCCACUCAUUAAAGGGUAUCUCGAUGCAUCGGGCAUAGAUCAUGAUACGCGCAGACAACUAGACAGAUAUUUAGACUUAGUAAGCAAGAGAGCUAGUGGAAAAUUGGCAACAACAGCGACUUGGAUUCGUGAGUUUGUCCGAUCGCAUCCUAAAUAUAACUACGACUCGGUCGUUAGUCAAGAAAUUAAUUAUGAUCUAUUCAAGCUGAUUGAAAAACUACAAACAGGACAGACAAAAGUCCCAACGUUUCUGGAUGGCUUUGAGAUCUGA